UAGAAGGCUGGCACGCGUUCCAGCUGCGAGCAAAUAACUGAGCUCGGCUGCCUCCGCUGCAUCAACACGCAUCACAUCCACAACUUGCUUCCGAGUGCGCCAGUAGAGAACUUGGAGACAGCCGCAUGGCCCGUUCACAGCAGCAGCAUUAACCCUCCGAGGUCGGACCCCAGUUGUUUAUCAUCUGAUGACUUCUUGCGGGCUCCCAUCUUUGCCGACUCUAACACUCGGUCGCCGAACAGACUUUGUGAAUUCGACAGUGUUACGGUGAUGUAACGCUUCCCAUAUCAGAGCUCACUCCACAACUGUUGUCACUCCAGCCUCUCCUCUAAGAGCAUGGGACGCUUCAAACUCUAAAGUGAGAGCCAACAGAUUCAAACCACAGAGAGGUAAACGAGGGGGAAAACUGAGAGGACAGCUACGAUGGAGUCCAUAUUAUCGGAACAGUCUGCCACUGUGGACGAGCUGGUGGAAGCCUGCAUCAAAGCCUUUGAUGAGAAGGGCACUUUGAAGGAUGCAUCCUUGGUCCGCAUGUUCCUCAUGAUGCACCCUUGGUAUAUCCCUUCAGCUGACCUGGCCAAGAAGCUUGUGCUCAAAUCUCAAGAGGAUGGCUGCACCGAUGAGCGCCGAACAAAAAUAUGCCACCUCGUCAAGUACUGGAUUUCUGAGUUUCCCGCAGAGUUCAAUCUGAACCCGGAGCUGGCAGACCAGAUCAAAGACUAUAAAGACCUCUUGACCACUGAGGGCAAUGAGAGGCAGAGUCAGCUCAUUGACUUGGACAGUGUGCCAUCAUAUAAAUGGAAGCGGCAGGUGACUCAGCGUGUCCCAUCUGUGUCCAAAAAGAGGAAAAUGUCCCUGCUGUUUGAUCACCUCGACUCCUGUGAACUGGCUGAACACCUGACCUAUCUGGAAUACAAAUCCUUCUGCAAGAUCCUGUUUCAGGACUACCACAGCUUUGUGAUGCAUGGCUGCACGGUGGAUAACCCCAUCUUAGAGCGCUUCAUCACGCUCUUUAACAGCGUCUCACAAUGGAUCCAGCUUAUGGUGCUCAGCAAGCCCACCGCCCCGCAGAGAGCUGCUGUUAUCGCCCAUUUCAUCCGAGUGGCACAGAAGCUGCUACAGUUGCAGAACUUCAAUACACUCAUGGCGGUAGUGGGCGGCCUCAGCAACAGCUCCAUCUCUCGUCUCAAAGACACGCAGGCCCACAUCAGUGCAGAGACCAACAAGGUUUUUAACAACUUAAUUGAACUGGUGACAUCAUGUGGCAACUACAGUCAGUACCGCAAGCGUUUUUCUGAAUGCUCCGGCUUCCGAUUCCCCAUUCUUGGCGUGCACCUGAAAGACCUGAUAGCCGUGCAUGUGGCACUGCCAGACUGGGCCGACAAAGAGAAGACACGAGUCAACCUGGCAAAAACCCAGCAGCUGUACGCUAUCCUUCAAGAGCUGGCGCUCAUCCAGGCCACGCCACCUAACGUCGAUGCCAACACAGACCUGCUCAACUUACUUACAGUGUCUCUGGACCAAUACCACACAGAAGAGGAGAUCUAUCAGAUGUCUUUACAGAGGGAACCACGCAAGCCAGUGCAGAACUCCAGCCCUGCCCCCGCACCUGAUCCCAAGCCCAGUAUGAUUGAUGAGUGGGCCGUUUCAGUGAAGCCCAGCGCUGACCCCACGAUCAUCAAGAAACACAUAGAGAAGAUGGUGGAAUCAGUCUUCAAGAACUUUGACACAGAUGGCGAUGGCAAUAUCUCCAGGGAUGAAUUUGAAGCAAUCAGGAACAACUUUCCAUACCUCAGCAAGUUUGGAGAACUGGACAAGAACCAAGACGGGAAGAUCAGCAGGGAAGAGAUGAUAGACUACUUUAUGAAAGCCAGCUCUCUUCUGAACUGCAAGAUGGGUUUCAUCCACACUUUUACUGAGGCCACCUAUGUCAAGCCCACGUUCUGUGAACACUGUGCUGGCUUUAUCUGGGGAUUUUACAAGCAAGGCUACAAAUGUAAAGACUACCCACAGCUGACAGAGCUGUUGUCGGGCACAGUCGGCCUUACCGUGUGCAUGUGCCAGUGUUCGUGUGUCUGUACAGCAUGUCGAAGCACUUUACUGUCACCGCUAGCUCUCCCGUUUGCCCCGUUGCAUCAGUUUGCACCCGUCCCUUUGUCUGACCCUUCUUCUCCACCUCUUUCUCCAUCUUCGUCUCGCCCCUGGCCCUCUCAUCCUUUCUUCCUGUCUCGCCUGCUCUCUCGCCGAUUGUCCCUCCCUCCCUUCCGAUCCCCCCGUCCUCUCCUCCUCUCCCGAAACCUGUCCCUGCCUCCAUCUUUCUCCCAUCGUGCGAACAUUCCCACUGCAGCCUGCGGGGUCAACUGCCAUAAGGCCUGCCGAAGCCGGCUGGCUGUUGAGUGCCGGAAGAGGACCAAGAGCAUCAGCCAUGAGGCGCCGCCAGCCCUCCAGGCCAGAUCCUACAGCUUCCCUCCUCCUGCUAACACCCCACCAAGCCUGCAGAACACUGUAAUUGCUGAGGAGGAUAUAGAGGCAGUGGAGGAAGGAGUAUUUGAUGUCCAUCUAUAACCAGAAUCCCUCCUACGGUCGGUGUUCGAGAAGCCAAAUCAGCCCCUUUCGAGAGCGAGACAGAGAAUGUGCUACAGUGUGUCAGAUUUACAACCCGCAGCGCUGAGGAGAAAUUGCACUGAACGCGAUCCAGGAUGCCUACAUGCUGCCACACGGUGGACACACGCUGCAGCAGCACUCCUCUCUGCCUGACUCACAGGAAUGUGACGACCAGUGUGAACUGAAUGUCUCUGUAUGAUUUCUAUGAAAAAAAAAGAUGUGCAUUUUGAUUCUGUGUCGGCCACGAGUGUUACUGUAAAAUACUUACUAAAUACUUACUCUUUCUCUCUCUAUAUAUAUCUAUAUCUAUAUAUAUUUAAAAGAAAAUCCACAAAAUUGUAUUUUCUUGGUGAAAUGUUCACGUCAGUGGAGUUUGUAAAUUUGAGCACACUGCAGAUUGGCGCAGUUGUCUUUUCUUUAAAACAUAAAAGAGGUGCUGUUAUUGCCAAGAAUGUAAAACUGCCACCCAGACUAAGCUACAGUCUCCUUUAUGUGGGAAGCUCAACUUUUUUCCCCUUCUCCUUUUGUUUGUUGUUUUGAAAUACAUUUCAGCCGACCAAUAAUAGGACCAAUUUUGAUGUCAGAUAAAAUAUUUGUGGUGCCCGUCUGAAGUGCGAUGACAAUGGCAGCAAAGGAAACAGCUGAAAGAACCGUGGAGACGGCUGUAAUUAGGAUGGACUUUAAUUAAUGUUCUGUUCUUCGUCACGUUUACCUGAAUAUCAGUAACUAUAGUUAUUGCAGUUGGUGUUAUUUUCAGUAUAGAGUACUGUCUUGUACCAGUGCAGUGACAGAUGACCCAUCCUCCUGCAGUACUGUGAAUGUAGCAGAAACAGAGGAAUGCUGCUGUCACAUGAAGAAGCCCAUUUUUCUUUCCCAGUAAAUGCGCUGAGAGCAUUAAAGAAAAAAUAAAUGAAAUAAUCAAAAGAGCAAGAUUAGAACUGGAGCCCUUUUUAUUUGACAGCAGCUUCUAAAACAUUUUCCUGAGAAGUUUCCAUGCAAGUUGUAUUUUUGCUGUUUAUAAUCUGCAUGCUUCUUCCUUCUUGCUCGUAUUCUCCUGACAGAUAUUUUUUUCUAUUUUUAAAUUUGUAAUUUUUUUUAUAUAGCACGCCAACUUUUCGUUUAUUUAGCAAGUAUGAUGUCUUGAAAUUCCACACAGAGGAAAUGUUUCUGUCUCUUGGUGCCUGUGGAGAGAUGACUUCAGACUUUGAGUGGCGUGUGCUUCAACUGCCAGUUUGUCGCUGAAUGAGGCUCCUCAGUUCGCUGGUAUUUAUUUUUCCUGUGAAAAAAAAAACACAAAA